CGAGAUGUGCGGCCGCGAUCGCGUCUCUCUUCCAGUGAAGCUGCGAAGAUUUUGAGAGGGAAAGGCUUUCCCCUCUUUCUGACGGAGCCCUGGAAAGCGCAGCUAUGGCGUCUCGGAGCUCUCAUUUCUUUAUGGCUUGCUCUGCGCGCUCUGGGGCAAUGCGGCAGCGGCAGCGUCUCUUCUUUCCUCUGGCGCUUUGAAGAGCGCUCGCGUGGAUUUUGCUGCAGGGGCGGGCUCUCUUGGCUUUCUCUGGAUCGGUCGAUGCUUCAUUCCUGGCGCCUGCGCGCCUGGAAAUCUCGCAGCCUUGGCGUUUCCGGCCGAUAAUCUAGGGAAUGCAGGUUCCAAGGAUGCCGAUUACCGCAGGAAAUCAUGGUUAGGGUCAUGAGGAUCUGGGAUGGAGCGUGGAUUAUGCUGAGCACCCUUGUCUUUGUCCUGGUGUCCAGCUUAUACGGUGGAUUUUGCCUCACGAGCGCGAAUCAGGCAUCGGCUCUGUCGGCCUUCAGGCAGAGCAUAUCGAGCGAUCCUCGGGGUGCUCUAAGCGGAUGGAGCGCGGACCAUGGUUCUUUGUGCCAGUGGCGAGGCGUGACUUGCUCAUCCGAUGGCCGGGUGAUAAAAUUGGAACUGGUGAAUUUGUCGCUUCAAGGGAAAAUUUCCCCCGAGCUAUCAAGGCUAGAGUUUCUGAAGAAAAUUGACUUGAGAGGAAACGAGCUGUCUGAAUCAAUUCCGAAGGAGCUCUGGGUUCUGAAGAGACUGUUUCACUUGGAUUUGAGCGGAAAUAAUCUAUCUGGCACUAUUCCUCCAAACGUUGGCAAUCUUGUGAACUUGCGUACGCUGAAUCUUGGGAAAAACCAUUUUCAAGGAAGUCUGCCGACGCAAUUUGGGAAGCUAGUCAGGCUAAGGCAUUUGCGCCUGGACCAUAAUCACUUCACCGGAUUCAUUCCAGGACGUGCUUUUUGUAACCUGAAAAGCCUUCAAACGCUUGAUGUGUCGGAGAAUUCUUUUGUUACUGAAUGUUUUCCAAGUGCUACUGUAGGGGACUGUCUACAUUUGUCAGAACGUCUAAUCAGCAAGCACAUUUGUGAACGUCCUCAUCGCUUUCUGCAAAGCAGGCUGAAGAACAACGCAACGAGAGUUAACGGUGUUCACAGCUCCCACGAUCACCACGUCAAACUUCGUCAUUAUAGUCAUCACCACAAAGGCUUCCAAACGUUGGCCGUGCUACUAUCAGUAUUUUCAGCUGUUGUGUUCGUCUUUCUUAUGGUAGGUGUUUUUCUCUACAAACGGAAAACUGUAGCGGUCAGCCCAUGGAAGGCUGGUAUGAGUGGACAUCUACAGAAGGUCUUUGUAACGGAUGUCCCGUCUCUAACUUGGGCAGAGCUCCAGGCAGCAUGCGAAGACUUCAGCAACAUAAUUGGGUCGUCUCCGGAUACUGUUGUUUUCAAAGGAACACUUUCAAACGGAACAGAAGUGGCCGUCACGAGUAUUAGAAUCUCAGCAGCAAGCUGGACAGCAAGCUCCGAAAUAUUUUUUCGUCGUAAGAUCGAGGCACUUGCGCGUAUGAAGCACACGCAUUUGGUGAACUUGCUGGGAUACUGUGCCGAGGAAGAACCUUUCGCACGGAUGCUUUUGUUUGAGUAUGUUCCAAACGGAACUUUGUCCGAACAUCUUCACAAUGUGGACUCGGAUCAUCUGGAUUGGACGACGCGAAUGAGGAUCGUGAUGGGAGCGGCAUACGGGCUGGAGUACAUGCACCACGAACUUGUGCCGCCUGCUAGCCACUCAAACUUCGAUUCUUUUGCAAUUUAUCUCACGGAGGACUACGCUGCAAAGCUGGCCGACUUUGGAAUCUCCAAGCUCGCUGUGAUCAAAAGUGACCGAAGGAAAUCUUUUAGCAACAGCAUCGGAUACGAUGACUUCGAAGGCUCCGACCGCCACGCACCAGACUUCGAGAGCAACGUUUUAAGCUUUGGCAUGUUCCUGCUGGAGGUAGUGACCGGACGGCUACCCUACUCCGAGAAGGAGGGCUCUCUCAUGGAAUGGGCUCUAGAGUUCUUGAGUUCUCCUGAGACUCUCGGCUACAUCGUGGAUUCGUCGCUCAAAUCCUUCGAUCUAAAGCAGCUGCUGGUUGUCUGCGAUGUGAUCCGGCUGUGCAUUCAUCCCGACUCGAGCAAAAGGCCGACAAUGAAGACGGUGGCGUCGAUACUCUCCAAAGGAUUAAACAUCUCCCCCGAGGCGGCGCAACCAAAAUGCUCACCACUCCUUUGGGCGGAGCUCGAAAUUCUCUCCAACUAGAGUCCUCUUCUAAGCUUUUCUCAUUCUUCUUCUUUUUUGGUCAGCUGUGUAUAAACUUCAGUGCGGUUAUCCCUUAAUCUUUCCCUUUAUAGUGAAGACUUGCUUCCAAA